UAAACGUCCGUAAAAUCUCUUUUCCUCUGCGCAAAAUACACAGCGAGUAAGAAUUCUGCAUACACGGAGUUGAUGCUGAUGAUGUAACUGCAGCUGAAGAAGAAGAAGUAGACCUGUAAUUAUCACCUAUUAGAUUGAUCUUCAGUUAGGUUUUAGUUAGCGAAGCAGUUCGGUUUUGAAAUCCUCAAAUUAGGGGACAGCAGUAAAUGAAUGUUCUUGAUUUUGUUUCUCUGGUGAGAUUUGCCAAUUGAUUGGUGCCUAGUUUCUUUCGAAAAAUGGAACCACCACAAUCCCCUUCCUCUACCACUAAAAAACCAGACGACCAAAACGAACCAAAGCAAACCCCACCACCAUCAACAACAACAAUUCAUCACUGUCUUCCACAUUCCACCACUCCUACCACAACAGCAACAUGCCGUAGCUGUGGUGGUCCAGCUGAAAUCCCACCGCCACAGCCAGUAUGGUCAGAAAUGUCACCACCACCAAAUUACAGACCGAUCCGUGCUCCGGCUGUAAACCUUCCUCCAAAUUAUUCACAACAAGCUAUCAUCCUUACCCCAGUUCCCAAGUCACAAAAAGUCUCAGUCAUUUCACUGCCUCAUGAAUUUCAAUCACCUUCCAAGAUGAUUCAUUCACCAGAUGAUAUUAGACACUUUGUUGAAACUGAUUCAGCGAAUAAUUUCGUCGGUUUCAUCGUUUCCUUGAGCGAAUCAAUCCGCGGGAAGAAACUGUCAGAGCCAUGUCAUGAAUCUGAAAUCCUAGGUUGUAUCUGUUCUAUAAUGGAUACUCUUAUGUGUUGGGUUGAUGAGAUUCCUCCUGUUCAACAAUCUGCUAGAUAUGGGAACUAUGCAUUUAGGGAUUGGUCUGCUAGAUUGCUUGCGAGUUCCGAGGAUUUGAUGUUGAAAUUUUUACCUGAAGAACUUAGAUCUUCAAUUGUGGAGCUUGUUCCUUACUUCACUGAUUCAUUUGGGAAUUCAAGUAGAAUUGAUUAUGGUACUGGUCAUGAGACCAAUUUUGCUGCUUGGUUGUACUGUUUAGCUAGAAUGGGACUAGUCAAGGAAGAGGAUUAUCAAGGUGUUGUUUCCAGGGUUUUUGUCAAGUAUCUUAAUCUGAUGAGAAAAUUGCAAACUGUUUACUCUCUUGAACCAGCUGGUUCUCAUGGAGUUUGGGGUCUUGAUGAUUAUCAUUUUCUACCAUUUAUAUUUGGUUCAUCGCAAUUGAUUGAUCAUAAGUAUAUAAAACCGAAAUCAAUCCAUAAUCAAGAUAUAGUGGAUAAUUUUGCCGAGGAGUAUCUUUAUAUUUCGUGUAUUGCGUUUGUGAACAAAGUGAAGAAGGGACCGUUUUAUGAGCAUUCACCUUUGUUGAAUGAUAUUAGUGGUGUGCCUAAUUGGAAUAAGGUGAAUGGUGGACUGCUUAAAAUGUAUAAGGCUGAGGUACUGGAGAAAGUCCCAAUUAUGCAGCAUUUUCUAUUUGGUUCGCUCCUCAAAUGGUGAUGUGGAACAUUGGGCCGACGAAUUAAUUUCCCAGGAGCAAAGACAAGUCAGGAAUUACUAAAGCUUACGAAAAUUAUCGGAUAAUUUUUCUUUUAGUAACACAUAACCGUGUAAGUUUAAUCUCUUUUGUAUUCGUGACACACUGAUUAACAGUACACCUCUAGGGCCGUAUACAUAUAUUCAUAACUUACGUUAGCUAGUAAGUAUUUUUUUGUUUUGGCACACGUAGGUAGUAACUACCCUAUUAGAAAAACAAGAUUUAUUUAUGUUGAAUAGUUAAUGGGUUGAAACUGUUGGUAUUGUCCACUUUACCUCUAGUAAUGGCUGUACAUGUUUGU